AUGGCGCUACCGUCGGAAUUAGUGAACGACACAAAGCUGGACACUGUCUUCAAGAAAGAUUGCACGAUUCAUUUAAUCGAUCGGAAGAAGCAUAAGUGGAAGGCGAACCAAGAACUUGGGCAGGGAGCAUUCGGGGUCGUUUGGCUGGAGAAGCUGGUAGGAGGUGGCGACGGCGACGUACGAGCUGUGAAGAAGAUAAAUAAGGAAGACGCAAAGAACUACAAUCGCGAGCUGCAUGCGAUAGCAAAGUUUUCCAAAGACAGGUUCAAUACAUGGUUCGUCAAGUCGUUCGGAUGGUACGAAAAUGACGAGCAUGUCUUCAUCUCGAUGGAAUACCUUCCCCACGGAGAUCUAGGCUGUUAUCUCGACAAGUCCGGCCCACUACCAGAGCUCGAAGUUCAACAGAUCGCUUGCCAGAUACUAGAAGGGCUCGAAUGUAUGCACAAAGACGAAUUCAUUCAUCGCGACCUAAAGCCACAAAACGUACUCAUCAAAGAGACUGGCCCUCGUUGGUGGAUCAAGCUCGGCGAUUUUGGGAUCAGCAAGCGUAUGGAUAACGCCGAGUUGCAUCAUACAGUCACUGGUACACCUGCCUUCAUGGCACCUGAGAUGCUUGCGUACGGCGGUAAACUUCAUUCUGAGACUUUCGCCGACUCAAAACCAUAUACAAACGCUGUAGACAUCUGGGCUUUGGGCGCAUUGGUAUUUGUGGCUCUUACUGGGGUGCGCCCUUUCGCGAAAGAUUUGCUAUCCUACGUCAACUACAAAACGCCGUUCCCUAAGGACUUGCUACAGAAGUACGACGUCUCACAGCCUGGAUGUGAUUUCAUCGAAAGACUUUUGGCAGUCAUUCCCGAAGAUCGACUCACGGCCUCCGGCGCACUGCACGAUACUUGGCUUGCAGAACAAAGAGCGGAAUCUCUUGCAGCGUCGCUCGAAUCCCUAGAGACAACAUCCACGUCAACCGAGACUGGUCGCAGUACGCUUGAUAUCGCCCGGUUUCUCUUACGUCACGAUCCGAAGUCAGCCUCCAUCGCAUCUCAGACUACUCCUGAUACACAAGCUUCUACUCUAGUGUACAAAACUCUCGAUGCUGUCAAAACCGCUGCCAUGGACAAGUUCUCCACUUUUUCACGGCGAAAGGAUCAGUCUAUUUCGCUAGACUCCCACGACAAUGCCCUUGGUCUUACGACACUGGUAGAAGAACCGUCAUUGUCUCCCAACGACUCUGCCAACGCUUAUGCCAUCUUUAAAGAUCAGGUGCACGAAAAGGUGCAAAAGAUACAAUCCCAAGAGUCGUUAGCUUGGUCAGACAUGGAAGUCAGCGGCCCAACAGUCUCGGCAAGAGCGGAAAGCGCGAAGAGUUCGAGGAAUUCGGAAGAAGAGCGCCCCUCUACGAAUACCACGCCGUCACAUGUAACACCAUCAGUCACAAUACAGUCUGCUCUAGACAGUAAAGGGUCUCUAGAAGAACCUGAUGAUUAUUUCGAUCGGCCUAUCGCAGUCAAUGACUACAAUCUUUCGCCCAGCACAACCAUAUCAGAGGCAUCACCUUCUCAGUCAGCAUCGCAGACCUCACCAAGAACACCCAGCGGUCACUGGACGAGAGCGAUGCCAUUUUCAUCGCUUUCCGUGGACAACGUCAGCCCGGUCAGCCCGGGAUGGUCAAAAGAUCCUUCAAUCAUUCAACAAAAGGGCUGCUCGCUCAGGCCACUAUCUUUGCCAAACGACCUCACGCACACGAUGGACCCAGAUGCAUUCAUCAUUGUAAUACCGGGUGUGGGUGAUCCGCCCGUCGAGAUAUGGAGCAGGGACGGCGUGCAACCCAAUGAGCCACUUACUAUGUCCAUACCCAUGGUUUUUGUGGGACACGGUGUCGGAGGCUUGAUCAUUAAAGACUUCUUCUGGAAGUCAAGUGGACCCGAGCUCCGAGGCUUUCCAAUCCGUUGGUAUGAGGACAUAGUCAACAACACCGUCGGGAUCGCUCUGCUCGGAACACCCCAUCUUACGAAGAUGAAUUCAACAGAUGGAGAGAGCAUACUAGGCGUCAUUACGAGAGCACCGACAUCCAGGAAGUCAGAGCCCCUUCACAGGAAGCUCCUAGACCUGGAAGACACCCAAUAUGUCCGCUCUCUGUCAGAGGAGUUCGACAAGUAUAUCCGGCAAAAUGUUCCCCGUCUACCAAUCUUGUCAGUCUGGGAUGGGCGAGAAAGCGAUGCAAUGAGAAUAGAGGAGACGAGAUUGACUGGGCGCAGAUGGAGAGCAGAGAAAUUUGUGGUACGCCACGGAGACAGCAUACCCAUCAUCAACGAUAAUGGGCCUUCAUGA